UGCACACCCUGCCUAGAAUCGGACAGCACGAUCCAGGCCUCCCCGCACGUCCUUUCAUUAUUCUGGGGGGCUUUCCACGCUGCCCAGCGCGGCAGGCGGUGUCCAGAACUCGGUGCACCAAGUCACGUAACCGUACCUGCCCAAAACGAGGUACAUUCUCCGUCCGCGUCACUCGACUUAUAAGGCCCCGUCGCAGGUCCAGCUUCUGCGUUCCCCCUGCAGCCGUUGCGAGGAAGAGUUGUCCCUGUGCUCUCCUGCAAGACCGCCACCGUCUCCACAGCUUGUCUUCAGCCACCUCGAGGUGUCGUCAAGUCCUGCCGCUCUUGUACCAAUGACUAUCAUGCCUUCUUACUUCCGCAACUGGUUUGGUGGCUCGGGCAGCACCGCGAGUUCGUCCAAGUCUCACAGUCGUUCGCGCUCCUCGGGACCCGCUCCCAUCUACGCGCCUGCUUCCAGCUCCAGCGCUAGCGCCAACGUCCAGCGCAGCUACAGCUUCUCCGCCUCUCGCGCAGCGAACCCCUCGCCACUCCGCUAUGCCACCGGCACUGAUACACGAACAAUGCACGGUUACGCCAAGCGCGCCGCCACUUCGCCAUACGCGGAACCGCGCGCCAACAGCCUGCGGCGAGCGAGCUACAAGACGCGCGAACCCGUCCAGCAUGCGACGUAUAUCUCUUCCGGCGGUCGUAUCACACCGCCUGAGUCUCGAUCGAAUUCAAGCUGCUCACUCUUUGGCAUGGGGGCGCCGCGGUCGUCCAGUUCCGACAUGGGCCAUCACCACAGUAGUCGCCCUUCCGUUGACUCUGUCCGUCCGCCCUUGAGGCAGAACCAGAGUUUCCAGUCUAGCGUCGGCACUGCGUCAUCCUACGGAUCGCUCCGUGGUGGCCCAUCCUCGACCCAUUCGCACUCUAGCAGCUACUCACGGCCCCGCACGCCUAUGCUGCACAUGCACCCGUUGCUCGCGUAUACGCGUCUUCACCACGCGCCGCUCACGUACGACGUCACCUUCACGCCAUCCGCGCGGACUGUCCUGGACCGUGCAACCCACUCUGCCAUUCCUUCCCAUACCCUUGCCCAACCUGCCACGGAGCCGCCCAUGCCUGCGGGCGCCCGUCUCGUCCUCCGUUCCUCGAAGUUCCCGUGGCCCGUCAUCGUAUCUGCGCCUUCGGUCACGGCCUCCCCCGGUCCUCGUUUCACCGUGGGUCCCCCGAAGUCGAGCGGAACCAUCACGAACCUUGACGUCCUGUAUGCUGUGCACACCACGCUCAUGACGCCCGUGACGCCAGAGGAGUGGGCGGCUCUUGGGAACGGGAGCCGCGCGCAGCACAAGGUCGCGAAGGCGUACGAGCGUCGGUGCACGCGCAUGGGCGGUGGCUGGGAGGCGGGUGUCCGCCGCGUCGACUGGCUCGGUGAGAAGACACGGCUCGUCGGCGUCGAGGUCGACAAGAGCGGUGGUGGUGGUGGCACCGGCAAGCUUAUCUUUGAGAAGCCGUGAGGCGCUUCUCACUGC